GAAAGCCAGCCUGUCUCCGAAUAAGGGUUGUUGUUUUCCAUCAUUUUUCCUUUGCACGACGAAAAUCAAAACCAAUCUAACACGUGGAUGGAUGGGCGGGAUGGUACAGCCGGAGUUAUCAAGGCGUGUUUACUUUUUUUUCUUCCCUCUUGCCCUUUCGCUUUGGGGGGUGGAGGUAACCUUUUCUGCCGACGAUGCGGCGGCGGCGGCGGCGGCGGCGCGAACAAGAUUGGUUCUUCUGGGUAUUUUGACUUCCGUUCGUGUACAUUUUGCGUAGUAUGCCGUGCGUGUUUGUGGUUACCGAACGGAAACAGAGAGCAUGUGUGAGAGGGAUGGGAGGGGGAAUUCAGUACGGAGCGAAAUGCAAUCGAGAUGAACGUUUGAUCAUAACUAAUGCUUCUACUGCAUCGUGUUUUGUGA